GAACUUAAUAUAAGGGUGAUAGGCGUAGGAGAUCGAAUCAUGAAAUUACAAUUUACAUGCAGUUCAAACGGUGUCGUUUCAUCACCACAUUUCAACGUCUUUCCGCCUUCGGACCAUUGCUUGCCUCUCUGCAUUUGAGAGGAUUUCUCAGUCCACGUGGUGAUCACCCAUGAGAGGGAGGCGAUUCUCGCGCUUGUUUUCGUGCUCUCGACAUUCCUCAGAAUUUUCUAAUUUUAUUUUGCUUUCACUGAAAACCAGAGAUUUGUUCAAGGAGAUUUUUUUUUUUUUUUUUUUGAAAAAAGCCGGUUUUUGAGCAAAAAAUUCGGGCUCAAUUUCGCUAAAUUGCAUGCUCUAUACACACGGAAGCUAUGCCCACCUCUCUCCAUCUCUUUCCCUUUCUCUCUCUCAUUUUUGGGAUGGUCUCUGAGAAUCCAUGGAAGAUGUCCGAGAACCUUCAGCUUCUCCUUGUGUGGGUUCCGGCAACAUUGGGGGAGAAAAUGCGGAAGGGAAGGUUCAUCCUGUUGCAGACGGAGAACACAUUUCCAGUCUCUCUGUCUCGGUUUCGGCUGAAGACUCAGCAACUCUAAAUAUGGAGGAGAAAAAGGAGGGGCCUUCUCCAAGAGGAGUUCUUGAGGGCUGCUUAAGAAGUGUAGAAUCUGAAACAGCUUCUUCCAAGGCCAGUACUUCAGACUCAGAAACUCCCUCGAAUACAAGAUCUGCUUCUAACUGGCAUAGAUUCUCCCAGUUAUUUAAAAAAGGAUCUGCAAUGGGCUUGCAAACCUUACCUUCCCUAGGUAUCCGGAAGCUCUCAAGAAGUAAAAGCAGAAGGGCAAGAGGAAGCAUGAUUCCAGCACUGUAUCCCUCUUUAGAUGCUGGAUUAUGCUUAAUGAAACCUUCAUGGAAAGCUUUCUCGUUAUCAGAGCUUGAAACUGCAACUGACAAUUUCAGCCAUAAGAAUUUAAUUGGAGAAGGAGGAUAUGCUGAAGUUUACAAGGGACAAUUGCAAGAUGGGCAGUUUGUUGCGAUCAAGCGUAUUAUCAGAGGAACCCCAGAAGAGAUGACAGUAGACUUCUUAUCCGAGCUCGGGAUUAUAGUCCAUAUCGACCAUCCCAAUACAGCUAAAUUAGUUGGUUAUGGUGUUGAAGGCGGAAUGCACCUUGUUCUUUAUUUGUCUCCUCAUGGGAGCUUAGCUUCCCUCCUAUACAGCCCAGAGAAGAAGCUAGAAUGGGAAAUCAGAUACAAGAUUGCUUUAGGGACAGCUGAGGGCCUUGGUUAUCUUCAUGAGGGGGGCCAAAGAAGAAUCAUCCACAGAGAUAUAAAGGCUUCUAAUAUUUUGCUUAAAGAGGAUUUUGAGCCUCAGAUUUCUGAUUUUGGGCUUGCAAAGUGGCUACCUGAGCAGUGUACUCACCAUAUCGUAUCAGGAUUUGAAGGCACUUUUGGCUACCUUCCUCCUGAGUACUUCUUGCAUGGUAUAGUCGAUGAAAAGACAGAUGUAUAUGCCUAUGGAGUGCUACUAUUAGAGCUCAUCACCGGACGCCCAGCUCUGGAUAGCUCACAGAAAAGCCUUGUGAUGUGGGCCAAACCUUUGCUUAUUAACAAUAGUAUUGAUGAGCUUGUUGAUCCAAGGCUUGCUGAUGCUUACGACUCAGAACAGAUGAACAUUGUGGCUACAGUCUCUAGUUUGUGCCUUCAUCAGUCUUCUGUUCAACGACCUCGAAUGAACCAGGUGGUGCAGGUUCUAAAAGGUAGAGAAGACAUUUCCACCCUUGGAAAGCGAUACCAAAAGCCUAUUCUCCAAAGGACAUAUUCUGAGGAGCUCCUUGAUGCUGAAGAAUACAACUCAACAAAGCACUUGAACGAUCUGAGUAGGCAUAUGGAGAUUCUUUUGGAGAUCUAAAAUCUUUGUUAAGGAAUGCUUUUUUUUUUUUAUUAAGGGUAGGUAGCCGGCUUUGAAAAUAUUAUUUCUUGCAUUAGACUGUAAAAUAUGAAGUUGUGGAUGGUUCCUCUACAUCUACAGCCCACUGCCAUCAUGUGACCCUUUUAUUCGUAAGAAGUUCAAUCAAUGUGUGAAUCAAAACUUGGAUUUUGCCUAGUUCAGAAUGGAGAUCUAGAGUGUCUAUUGUUAAA